CGGCUUCGACAUUCUCUACAGGCUGUGGACGCUGCCAUACAACUUCCUGACCAGGAUCGUCUGUGCGACCGUGUCUGUCAUCGUCCGGAGACGGAGAGCUUCCCCAACCCGGGUCGACCAUCCCACCGCACCGAGGGCCCUGAUGAAAAUGGACUCAGACCUGCUCCACUCGCCGGCAGUGGGCCUCGCCGAGGAAGAGGAGGCCGACAUGAAUGACUGGAAACUUCCCUUGGCCUUCAUGAAGAAGAGGCACUCAGAGAAGAUUGAAGGCUCCAAGGCCUUGGCGCAGAGCUGGAGGAUGAAGGACAGGAUGAAAACCGUGAGUGUAGCUCUGGUGUUGUGCCUCAACGUGGGAGUCGACCCUCCUGAUGUGGUGAAGACGUCGCCCUGCGCCAGACUGGAGUGUUGGAUCGAUCCUCUGUCGAUGAGUCCACAGAAAGCCCUGGAGACCAUCGGGGCAAACCUGCAGAAGCAGUAUGAAAACUGGCAGCCCAGGGCGCGUUACAAGCAGAGUCUGGACCCCACAGUGGACGAAGUGAAGAAACUUUGCACUUCGCUGAGACGCAACGCCAAAGAAGAGCGAGUUCUCUUCCACUACAACGGCCACGGAGUGCCGCGACCCACCGUCAAUGGAGAGAUCUGGGUCUUUAACAAGAACUACACUCAGUACAUCCCGCUGUCCAUCUACGACCUACAGACGUGGAUGGGGAGUCCGUCCAUUUUCGUGUACGACUGCUCCAAUGCGGGAAUUAUUGUCAAGUCCUUCAAGCAGUUUGCCCUGCAGAGAGAGCAGGAGCUGGAGGUGGCAGCCAUCAAUCCCAGCCACCCUCUGGCCCAGAUGCCGCUGCCUCCCUCCAUGAAGAACUGCAUCCAGCUGGCUGCCUGCGAGGCCAGCGAGCUGCUGCCCAUGAACCCGGACCUCCCUGCAGACCUGUUCACCUCCUGCCUCACCACGCCCAUCAAGAUCGCCCUCCGAUGGUUUUGUAUGCAAAAGAGUGCCAAGCUGGUGCCAGGGGUGACGUUAGACCUCAUUGAGAAGAUUCCUGGCAGGCUCAACGACAGACGAACGCCCCUAGGAGAGCUCAACUGGAUCUUCACCGCCAUCACAGACACCAUCGCCUGGAACGUGCUGCCCAGAGAUUUAUUCCAGAAGUUGUUUCGGCAGGACCUGUUGGUGGCCAGCUUGUUCCGCAAUUUCCUCUUAGCCGAGAGAAUAAUGAGGUCGUACAACUGCACGCCGGUCAGCAGCCCGCGACUGCCGCCGACUUACAUGCACGCCAUGUGGCAGGCGUGGGACCUGGCUGUGGACAUCUGCCUCUCUCAGCUGCCCACUAUUAUUGAGGAGGGCACCGCCUUCAGACACAGUCCUUUCUUCGCCGAGCAGCUGACAGCGUUCCAGGUGUGGCUGACGAUGGGAGUUGAGAACAGAAACCCUCCUGAGCAGCUCCCUAUUGUACUCCAGGUGCUGCUCAGUCAGGUGCACCGGCUGCGAGCUCUCGACCUGCUCGGACGCUUCCUGGACCUGGGUCCCUGGGCCGUCAGUCUGGCUCUUUCUGUCGGGAUCUUUCCCUACGUAUUGAAGCUGCUGCAGAGUUCAGCCCGAGAGCUUCGACCGCUGCUGGUUUUCAUCUGGGCUAAAAUCCUCGCUGUGGACAGUUCGUGUCAAGCCGACCUGGUCAAAGAUAACGGACACAAGUACUUCCUGUCUGUGUUGGCUGACAGCUACAUGCCCGCUGAGCAUCGGACCAUGGCUGUCUUCAUAUUAGCUGUGAUCGUCAACAGCUACAACACAGGACAGGAGGCCUGUCUGCAGGGAAACCUCAUAGCCAACUGCCUGGAGCAGCUGUCGGACCCCCACCCGCUGCUCCGUCAGUGGGUGGCCAUUUGCCUCGGACGCAUCUGGCAGAACUUUGACCCGGCUCGCUGGUGUGGAGUUCGAGACAGCGCUCACGAGAAGCUCUACACUCUGCUGUCGGAUCCCAUCCCCGAGGUGAGGUGUGCUGCUGUCUUUGCUCUCGGGACGUUUGUAGGAAACUCAGCGGAGAGGACGGACCACUCGACCACCAUCGAUCACAACGUGGCCAUGAUGCUGGCUCAGCUCAUCAACGACGGCAGCCCUGUGGUCCGAAAGGAGCUGGUUGUGGCACUGAGUCACCUAGUGGUUCAGUAUGAGAGUAACUUCUGCACAGUUGCCCUCCAGUUUAUAGAAGAGGAGAAGAACUACUCGGUACCAUCGCCGGCCAACACUGCAGAGCCUGGUAACCUGACUCCAGUGAGGGACAGUCCGGCCAUCCCUCGCCUGCGAUCCGUUAACUCCUACACCAACAUCCGAGCUGCUACCACUGCAAGAAACCUGAACAAAAGCCUGCAGAACCUCAACCUCAAUGAAGAAGGUGGACCAGCAGCCUUUUCUCCUGGUAACCUGAGCACCAGCAGCAGCGCCAGCAGCACCUUAGGGAGCCCCGACAAUGACGAGUACAUCCUCUCCUUCGAAACCAUCGACAAGAUGCGACGGGUGUCCUCGUACUCUUCCCUCAACUCUCUCAUAGGUGUUUCCUUCAACAGUGUUUACACUCAGAUCUGGAGAGUUCUGCUACAUCUGGCUGCAGAUCCUUUUCCUGAAGUGUCCGAUUUGGCCAUGAAGGUCCUCAACAGCAUCGCAUACAAAGCGACCAUGAACGCCAGGCCUCAGAGGAUCCUGGACUCAGGAUCGCUCACGCAGUCGGCCCCAGCUAGCCCCACCAGCAAGGGCACACACAUCCACCAGGCAGGCGGUUCUCCACCGAUGCCCAGCACCAGCAGCUCCAGUCUGACCAACGACGUUCCCAAACCCCCCACCAGAGAGCAGCCGACCACCCGGCCUCCAUACACCCCCACACUGGGAGGACAGGCGCCCCACUCCCACCAGUUCCCCCGAACCCGCAAGAUGUUCGACAAGGGACCAGAGCAGGCGGCUGAAGACGGCGAUGAACCGGGCGGUCACAGGAACUACAUCAGUGCAGCUCUGCAGACGGGACUCUGUGAUUGGAGCGCCAAGUACUUCGCUCAGCCAGUCAUGAAGAUCCCGGAGGAGCACGACCUGGAGAGUCAGGUGAGGAUGGAACGUCAGUGGAGGUUUCUGAGAAACGCUCGCGUGAGACGACAGAGUCGAAGCAUCACACAAAGAGGUGUUUCUCGUCUGGAUGAUCAAAUAUUCAUCAACCGCAACCCCGGAGUGCCGUCUGUCGUGAAGUUCCACCCCUUCAACACCUGCAUCGCUGUGGCCGACAAGGACAGCAUCUGCUUCUGGGACUGGGAAAAAGGCGAGAGGCUGGACUACUUCUACAACGGAAACCCUCGGUACACUCGCAUCACCUCCAUGGAGUACCUGAACGGACACGACUGCUCGUUGCUGCUCACUGCGACAGAUGACGGAGCGCUGCGAAUCUGGAAGAACUUCGCCGACCAGAAGAACCCUGAGAUGGUGACGGCGUGGCAGGGCCUGUCUGACAUGCUGCCCACCACCCGAGGUCAGCCCUCCACCUGCACCCACAGUCUGGCCAGAAGGGUCUCCAUCUAUCUUGACAGGAGUAAGCAAGGAGGAGCUGGUAUGGUGGUGGACUGGGAGCAGGAGACUGGACUCCUCAUGACAUCUGGAGACGUUCGAGUGAUCAGGAUCUGGGACACCGACCGAGAGAUGAAGGUCCAGGACAUCCCAACAGGAGCCGACAGCUGCGUGACCAGUUUGUCCUGCGACUCCCAGCGUUCGCUCAUCGUCGCUGGUCUCGGUGACGGAUCCGUUCGGGUCUUCGACCGCAGGAUGGGUCCCAACGAAUGUCGUGUGAUGACCUACAGGGAGCACGGAGCCUGGGUGGUCAAAGCUCAUCUACAGAAGGAGACGGACGGACAUAUCAUCAGUGUCAGUGUUAACGGAGACGUUCGGUUCUUUGAGCCGCGGACGCCGGACUCCAUCAACGUGCUGCAGACGGUAAAAGGUUUAACAGCGUUGGACAUCCACCCGCAGGCCAACUUGUUCGCCUGCGGAUCCAUGAACCAGUUCAUCGCUGUCUACAACGCUAACGGCGACGUCAUCAGCAACAUAAAGUAUUACGACGGCUUCAUGGGACAAAGGAUUGGCGCCAUCAGCUGUUUAGCCUUCCAUCCUCAUUGGCCACACUUGGCGGUCGGCAGCAACGAUUACUACAUGUCCAUCUACUCAGCAGAGAAGAGGCUCAGAUAACACACCAGCAUCCAUCACCUCCUCCACCCUCCAUCCCCACCAACACUUCUGACCCUGAGCCUCAAGCACCAGGAUGUAAAUGAUGUUUUUGUUGUACAUAUGCAAUUACCACCGUGAAUGUUCUAGUGAUGACUGCUGAGAAAAACUCAUGCUAUGAACGACUAUAUAUAUAAAAAAAUAUAUAUAUAUAUAUAUACAUACAUAUAUAUAUAUAUAUAUAUUAUUAUUAUUAUUAUCAUUGUUUAUUCAUAUUCUUAUUAUGAAGCUAAUGAUUGUAGACUUGGCUGUGCUGAGAAGUGUGUAUAUUUAAAUAUCAUAUACAGAAGAAGAAGAGAGGUUCUAUUUUAAAGACCCAUCGAACGAUUGCUUGGGCUUCUCCUCGCUGCACAGCGAGCAUCACUACCUGAACCAGGUGUGACCAGAUGUGGAGAGAGACAGAUGUUGGUCACCAAGAGGACAGAACACAAAAACACUGUUGAAACACAUUCACUGGAGCAGAAAACAUGGACGUCACCCCUCCGCUGGACCCCGGUAUGUUCAGAAGUUCAGUUAAAGGCCACCAGGACGUUUUGUGAGGACGCACCCGGAGAUUGCGGACUGUGCUUGUUGUUGCUUGAAAUCAGUGAUGAAGGUUUUGUUUUUUUGUGUGUGUAACUGGAUUAUAGCACAGAUGUUUCCCCACAGAGGGCCUCCACAGCCCUGGACUUAAUUGAUGCCCAGAAACAGACACCUGCUCCUGUUGUCCUUCCUCGCUUCCCUGAACCCAGCGUGCCAAACAUGAUCAUAAUUUCCCCGCAAGGCCUCUUUUUAUUGUGGCUCCGAGGGAUGUUUUUGUUGAUUUGUUUGGGGGAAAGCCUGCGUCGCCUCCCCCCCAAGAAGAGAUCGGAGACCUGCAUUUCCUGCCUACCUGCCCUGCAAAGCAAUAAGAUCCAACCUCAAGCUCCUCUCUGCACUUCCAUUAGAAGAGGAUAGCAGCAUCACAGCAAUACCAACACUUGCAUCCACAGCAAUGUUGCCCCUCUGAGCUUCUUUUUAUGCAUUAAAACACCAGAAACACAAUCUGCUAUCAUGAGUGACAGAAGAAAUUCAAUUCAAUUGGUUUUUCGGUGAUUGUCUAAACUUACGUAUCUGCUGUCUAGUGCAACUUUCUUUUUUUUUCUUUUUUCUUUCGAUAAAACCCACCCUGUAAGGUUUACGUUGAGUUUUUAUUUUGGUUUUAUUGUCCGCCUUGUUUUCUGGAGCUGGAGGCGUAAAGUGUGUUGCAUGUUGAGGGACAGUGUGUCGAGUUUUAGUCCUUGCUCAGGUAUUUCGUGAGCUGCCUCCAAAAUAAAAGCCCGCCUCCCUCCAGAGAUGGAGUAAAUUGUUGACGUAUUUGUUGUUGUGGUGCUGUGUGGUAAAGGCACCCCCUUAAUUAGAAGGACGAUUUUGAAUUUUUACUGCUUUUGUUUGUGCAGUAUCACCACCCUCCUCUCUGAGGCUGCAGCUUUGCCUUCUUUGCUUUUUUUUUUUUUUUUUUAAUUCUUUUUCUGUUGCUGUAAUUUUAUGUUUUUAAUUCAUCUAGCAUUUUGUUUGCCUUUAGCCUCAAUGAUAUGGAGGGGAAAAGAAAAGUGACGACAGCUUUAAAUGAACAUGUUGCACUUUUUCCACAUUUUCCUGCCAUUUUUUCCCACCAUUUCUUCUCCCACCAUUUCUUCUCCUGCCAAGCCCACCUUACCUCUCGAACGUCCCGAGCUUCGCUUUUACCCCACAGAAACUGAAAGUGAACUGGGUAAACACACACCAUGCAGCCUGUAUAACCGGUCACCACAUUCGUCUCCGUGGUUUAGCGGAGCCUCAGAUGCCUCGCUGGCUCAGCCUAAAAACAUUCCUGUUUUUGGACUGAGCUCAGAACCACCUUCAUAUCUAAGUAUCCUGCUUUGAGUUUUAAGAUUUUUAGAUAUGGAGACAAGGACUUUAACUCAGUAGUAAGAAAGGAAAAAACAAUCAGAUUUGUCUUUUGUUUGACUGUAGACUGCUUUGCUGACUGUGGUUUAUAAGACAGGAGAUGAAAUCAGUGAAAUAAACCAAAUACAACACCGGA